AUGAAGCUGUGGCGACUAGUAUCUUGUCCCAUAAAUGGAGUUAAAGUGGAAUAUCUUUCCAAGUUGGUAUUUGACGACGCUUUUUAUCAGACUUCAAUAAGACUCUCCUCUACUGCAAACCCUAACAAUAUUACUGAACCCUUUCUUAAUGUCUUAAGAGUUCUGUUAUUUCACCAUGGAUCCAUCUUCAAUUUUACUCUUCAUGUUCCUUCGUUAAAAAGCUAUUCUGAGGUUGACCUGAUUAUUGAUUACCUGAGCGAGAAAGAUGUUCAUGAAAUUUCCUUUGACUUUCGAUACAAAGGAAAAAAUUAUGAAUUCUCUAGAUUGCCAUCAUUUUUGUUCUCAUGUGUGAAGCUGAGGCGCUUGACCUUGUCGUCGUGUUCUCUCACAGUUCCGUUUAUAUUUCAAGGAUGUGUUAACUUGAUUUCGCUUAAGCUUCUGCAUCUUUCAACAGUUAUAUGUGAUGAACAUCUUUACGGAUGCACGACCUUUGAAGCAACCAAGUUUUUUCAAAGUAUGCCUUUCAUUGAGCACUUGCGUCUUGGAAAUGAAUUUAUGGAUAUCAUGCCUCCUAGAAUAAUGCCAAGGAAUUUUUCUCUCGGGUAUCUUAGAGUUCUUGAGCUGCCUCGUAUAUAUUGUUGGUGUAUAGACGAUAUCUCUGCUGUACUUUGCUUGAUCGUGAAUUCUCCUAACUUGAAAAAACUUGAGAUUGUGUUUGGUUCAACUCAUGAUAUUGAGCGAGUAGAGUAUCUUGCUGAGGAAAUUUUACAAGUGCAAGACCUCUUAAGUAAUGUAUUGAGAAAGCUUCAAGUGGUGAAGAUGAAGAUCGGAUGCACAUAUGCAAUAAAAACUAAACUAUAUUUUAUUAAGUUUUUAUUGGCCGAAUCGGUAGAACUGGAAAAGAUGUUUAUACAGCCUCCCGAACGAACAACUGCUAAGGAAAGACUUAGGAUGCUUAAAAAGAUAACUCGAUUUCCACGUGCAUCAAAGAAAGAAGAAAUCAUGUACUUAGAUCCGGAUGAUGAUGAUGAUGAUGAUGAUGAUAUUGAUGAAUUUAGUAGUGAUGAAAGUGAAGGUUAA